GCAGGUGCACGGCGCUGCAGAAAGAGAGGGGCAUUCUCACAUUUCUCUGUUUCUCCCAGUCGAGUCCACGGUGCCGCUUCCACAUCACGGCCGACAGCAAACCGAGACGACGACGGCGACGACAUGCGCUCAGUGGGCUUCGACCCCGCAUCCAACCCGGCCGGCCCGCGUUGUCCCGAAUCCACCUAGACACGCACACAAACACACAAGGUCAGGAGAUUCGAUCCUGGGGGAAUGGUGCUGCUGAGAUGACCUGCGUGACCUCACUUUCCUCCCGAGAUCAUUCUCCAAUCACAAGAGUAGAGCAAAAUCUAGUCGGUACAUGGUUGGCAGGUUCACAUGAUGGACAGGUGAUGGAGUCUUCCAUCAUCUUUCUGCACCAGUGACUCAGCCUGCCAGCCCUCCCUCUGAGGCAUAAGUGUGUACCAGCGGUCCAAGGCCCCCCAUUUUUCUGCCAUGGUGACAUAAGCAGCGUUGCAAUAUGAGGGAGAGCCAACGUGAGACCGUCGCAUUUCUUUCUCCAGUAGCUGCUGCAGCUGCUACCUUUACGCCGUUUGUAUUGAGCUCCAAAACAAGACUGUCUUUCUUGUGAAUAAUCCCUGCUCGCUGUUUUCUACACACACCGAGAGAGACUGCCCCCAAGGCGUGUUGCUGGGCCGGUGGGGUGGAGCGGUGUGGCGUGAGACGAUGCUGGGAUGCGUGACACGCCUCCGUCGGCUGGUCCGUCUCCUCCCCCUGCAGACCUCCCUCCUCCUCCUCUUCAUCUUCUGCACCGUCAGCGUCUUCAUCUCUGCCUACUUCCUCUAUGGCGUCAAGCGGGAGCCGGAGCCAUCGGGAGGGGGCGUGCCUGGAGCGGAGGGUGCAUCCGCCGACUCUGACGACCCGAAGGUCACACCGUCUCGGCUGCUUCCUCUACGGAGCGUCUCAGGGGGGCCCGGGGUCGAUCCCGGAGGGGCCAGGACAGAUCCUGUGGUUCUGGUGUUUGUGGAAAGCCAGUAUUCUCAACUGGGUCAGGAGAUCGUGGCUAUUUUGGAGUCUGGCCGGUUCAGGUACCGGACUGAGAUCUCUCCCGGUAAAGGGGACAUGCCCACAUUGACAGACAAAGAGCGCGGGCGUUUCACACUGGUUAUUUAUGAGAACAUUCUCAAGUAUGUCAACUUGGAUGCCUGGAACCGGGAGCUGCUGGACAAAUACUGUGUGGAAUAUGGAGUGGGCAUCAUUGGCUUCUUCAAGGCCAAUGAGAACAGUCUGCUCAGUGCACAGCUGAAAGGCUUCCCCCUCUUUCUUCACUCUAACUUGGGUCUGAAGGACUGCACAGUCAACCCCAAGUCCCCCCUGCUCUUCAUCACUCGAUCUGGGCAGCCCCUGCCAGGUCCUCUUCCUGGGGAUGACUGGACCGUUUUCCAGUCCAACCACUCUACAUACGAGCCCGUGUUGCUGGCAAAGACCCAAUCGGCCGAGAGCAUCCCGUCGAUGGGGCAGAGCGCUGCUCUGCUCCCAUCUGUGGUGCAGGACCUGGGUCUCCAUGACGGUAUCCAGAGGGUGCUGUUCGGCAACAACUUGGUCUUCUGGCUACACAAGCUGGUGUUUGUGGACGCCGUGGCCUUUCUGACUGGGAAGAGGCUCUCGCUGUCCCUGGAGCGCUACAUGCUGGUGGAUAUAGACGACAUCUUUGUGGGCAAAGAGGGCACACGCAUGCAGGUGCCCGAUGUGAAGGCCCUUCUUGAGACACAGAGGGAGCUGCGCACCCAUGUGCCCAACUUCACCUUCAAUCUGGGCUACUCAGGGAAAUUCUUUCACGCUGGCUCUGACGAGGAGGACCUGGGAGAUGACCUGCUGCUUUCCUUUGUGAAGGAGUUCUGGUGGUUUCCUCACAUGUGGAGCCACAUGCAGCCGCAUCUAUUCCACAACCAGUCCGUCCUGGCCGAGCAGAUGUUGCUCAACAAGAAAUUUGCCAUGGAGCAUGGGAUCCCCACUAACAUGGGCUAUGCGGUGGCACCCCACCACUCGGGCGUCUACCCAGUCCACAUACAGCUGUAUGACGCCUGGAAGAAGGUGUGGGGCAUCAAGGUGACCAGCACAGAGGAGUACCCGCACCUGAAGCCUGCUCGCUUCCGGCGAGGUUUCAUCCACAGCGGCAUUAGCGUGCUGCCCAGGCAGACGUGUGGCCUUUUCACACACACCAUCUUCUAUAAAGACUACCCGGGCAGCCCGAACGAACUGGACAAACUCAUCAAUGGAGGAGAACUCUUCCUCACCGUUCUGCUGAACCCUAUUAGUAUAUUCAUGACCCACCUGUCCAACUACGGAAACGAUCGCCUCGGCCUGUACACCUUCAAGAGCCUGGUGAUGUUCGUCGAGACCUGGACCAAUCUGAAGAUGCAGACCCUGCCGCCGAUUCAGCUGGCUCAGAAGUACUUCAGCCUGUUCCCCUCUGAGAGAGACCCACUCUGGCAGGAUCCCUGUGAGGACAAAAGGCACAAGGACAUCUGGUCCAAAGAGAAAACAUGUGACCGCUUCCCCAAACUGCUCGUCAUCGGGCCUCAAAAGACAGGGACAACAGCACUCUACCUGUUUCUUGGCAUGCACCCCGACCUGACCAGUAACUACCCCAGCAAGGAGACCUUUGAGGAGAUCCAGUUUUUCAACGGACACAACUACCACAGAGGCAUCGACUGGUAUAUGGAGUACUUCCCUCUGCCCUCCAACACCAGUUCAGAUUACUACUUUGAGAAGAGUGCCAACUACUUUGACUCUGACGUGGCCGCUCAGCGAGCAGCGGCUCUCCUGCCCAAAGCCAAGAUCAUUACCAUCCUCAUCAACCCAGCAGACAGAGCUUACUCCUGGUACCAGCAUCAAAGAGCCCACGAUGACCCGGUGGCAUUGAAAUACUCCUUCCAUGACGUCAUCACCGCAGGCCACGACGCCCCAGUCAGACUACGGGUCCUCCAGAAUCGCUGUCUGUUGCCGGGCUGGUACGCCAUCCACCUGGAGCGCUGGCUCAACUACUACCACUCCAGCCAGUUGUUAGUCUUAGAUGGACAGAUGCUGAAGACGGAGCCCGCCUCAGUCAUGGAUAAAAUCCAGAAGUUUUUAGCCCUCGCCAAUGUCAUCAACUACCACAAGAUCCUAGCGUUCGAUCCUAAGAAAGGUUUCUGGUGUCAGCUGCUGGAGGGAGGGAAGACAAAGUGUUUGGGAAAGAGUAAAGGGCGCAGGUAUCCUGACAUGGAUGCUGAGUCCCAGGGGUUCCUCAGGGAAUACUAUAGGGAUCACAAUAUUGAGCUGUCGAAGCUGCUCUACAGAAUGGGUCAGCCGCUGCCCAGCUGGCUCAGAGAAGAGCUGGUCCACACCAGGUAGCAGCACCACAGGGGCAGACCUCAGCUCAUCACACUGAACCAUGGCUUCCCUCCGCUGACGGACGCCGGCCAAGUGGACCUGAUGAAGAUUCUAAAUAGCGGGUGAACGAUAUUGAGAUUUGAGGUGUCGGACGCCUAACUUGAACUCAACACUUACUGUGACUGCGAUCUUCCCCAAACGAACAUGGCGAGCACGAACAGAGCGCAGUUGCUUUCAGCAGCUGGCAGCUCCAGAGGCCGUUGGCCACGACGAUGGCUUCCACUGUGUUCCGAAGGAGGGAGGGACCUUUAGUGUUUGAUAAUCACUUCCCUGCUCUCCUUAAUCAGAUCUUCUUUCUUCGCAUGAACUUCUUCCUGAUUAUCAAAGGAAGGGGGGGGGGGGGAAACGGGGACAAAGGACAAACGCCGGCGCCACCUGUGUCUCCGGUUAUGAGUUGCGUUGUUUGGAGCUCAUGAAAACAGGCUACAUGACAUUGACUAAAUGGACGAUGGCCUGAUUUACUGGAGAGACAUUGGUUGCAAAUGCCUUUGAUUUGUAUGUUUUUAUUAGAGGAGAAUGGGACAUCUGGCGUCUUGACUCAGGCUGCAUGUUGUAGCCUCACUUGAUAGGCCUUGGUAGAAUCUAGUUAUCACAUUUACAAGUGCCAGGGAAGAGUCUUUAUUAAACUAUUACCACAUGGACCUUUUCUUUUCUUUUUCUUUUUCUUCUUUAGAAGUUUUACGUUUUUUUUUCUGUACUCUGUUUUCAUUUUAAAAUUUCUGUAAUGCUGAUGGUAAUGCAUUAUUGUAGAAUGUACCAAAACUAAACAUCUUGGCUCAGUUUUCUGAGAUAGGCCAGAUGUACAGUACAGUUAGUUAAACUGUUCAGCUCAGCUUCGUCUUGAGUCCGAUCAACGACCACUGAAUUGGCUAAAGCAGGGGUAGCAGGAUAGGAUGUUGAAAGCACAAUAUUUAAGGCACUCAAGUGGACAUUGAUUCUGAGCAUACAGGUUACUGGAAAGCACACUAACAAAAACGGCUCCUACUAUAAUCUGUGAAGAAGAUCAUAAGCUAGCUACUGUAUGUUGAACUAGGCACUCUGGUUCGAUAGAUUCAGAUAGUGUACAGAACAAGAUUGUGCAUUUCAAAAUCAGUUUUCAGCUUUGGGUUUUUGUCGAAACUGUAUAUUUUGUCUUAUUUGUCUCUUAUUUCUAAUUUACUAGAUGAGUAAAAAACUGGGGGGGCUGUCUCUGGGAUAAACAUGUAAAGUUGCCAGACAAACCAACAGUAUGCCCAGUUUGGAUGUUCAGUUGUCGGUCGAGAUGUUACCACUGCAACUAGAUGUCAAGCAUAGAUAACAAAAAGCUGCUCUUAUUGCAAUAGUUUUGUACAAUGUUCUGAUGUGAUAACAAUGCACAUGUUGGUCCUUUAUUUCCUGACUUUGUAAUGUACAUAAUACGCAGCCCUCGGUAGACCUAAAUUAUUGAAUGUGUUUGGGUUUACGCUCUCCAUCGGCCCAUUCCUAUAGUGUGAAAUGUCAGUGCUGUACUGAGGGGAGUCUGGAUCAUUUCAUUGUGCGGAGAUGUGAUCGCUACGAUUGUUUCCUCUCAUGUCCUCUCACUGCCAACCAUUGUACAGAGGUACUGAGUCUCUCCAUAUAAAGUAUUAAGUGAUAACACAUAACAGCAAUGAUGGUACUAAUCUCCUGGACUGUAUGAUAAAGAUUUGUAAUUGUUGUCAAUAAUUUUUACAGUGUAACUAAUAUUGUUGGUGCUUUUUAAUUUGCAAAUAAAACACCACUGUAUUUUUCA